AUGCUCGAUUCACACUUGCAACCAACGGCGAGUAUAGUGGAUGGUCUACAGCCGCACAACAUCGGCUUCUUUGGAGGAUUUGAGGGCAGCGGUAGCGGCAUCAUGGACAGCGGCAAUAGUCAAGCCACUGAUAUUGGUGACAUUGCUGAGGCCCUAGAAAACAAUUAUUCACAGUUUAUUGGCACAACAUCGAUUUCGGAUUGGUGUAAUCAAUCGUUGCUGCUCUAUGGUAUGAGCAAUUGCAGUUCGGGUAAUAGCAGCAAUGGCAACAGCACAAUGACUGACGAUGAUAUUUCAUUCAUUUUACCCUGGUGGCGCCAAGUACUGUGGUCUAUACUAUUCGGUGGCAUGGUUAUUGUGGCCACCGGCGGAAAUUUAAUUGUCGUUUGGAUUGUCAUGACAACGAAAAGAAUGCGGACCGUUACCAAUUACUUCAUAGUGAAUCUCUCCAUAGCAGAUGCCAUGGUCUCGAGUCUCAAUGUGACGUUCAAUUAUAUUUAUAUGCUGGACAACGAUUGGCCUUUUGGUGAGCUCUACUGUAAAAUAUCCCAAUUUAUAGCGACGUUGAGCAUAAGUGCCUCCGUGUUUACACUAAUGGCGAUAUCCAUCGACAGAUAUGUUGCCAUUAUGAAACCGUUGGAGCCGCGUAUGAGUAAACGGUGUAAUCUGGGUAUUGCGGCGUUCAUUUGGGCCGCAUCUAUUACCAUUUCAUGCCCCAUGCUACUCUUCUUUACAACCGGUGAAGUGGAGCUAAAGGAUGGCACAAGAAUUGUUUGCUACACCGAAUGGCCGGAUGGUCCGACGAAUCACUCGCAGCAGGAAUACGUCUAUAAUAUCGUUUUUAUGAUACUCACGUACAUACUGCCCAUCAUUUCGAUGACAGUCACUUAUUCACGAGUCGGCAUUGAGCUUUGGGGCUCAAAAGCAAUUGGCGAGUAUACACCUCGUCAGGUGGAGAAUGUCAGGAGUAAGCGGAGGGUGGUCAAAAUGAUGAUGGUUGUAGUGCUGAUAUUUGCCGUUUGUUGGCUGCCAUUUCACACAUACUUCAUUGUCACAUCAUGUUACCCGGCACUGACGCAAACUCCAUUCAUACAGGAGGUAUAUUUGGGCAUCUAUUGGCUGGCCAUGAGCAACUCAAUGUAUAAUCCCAUUAUUUACUGUUGGAUGAAUUCGAGAUUCCGUUAUGGCUUCAAGUUGUUCUUCCGCUGGUGCCCCUUCGUGCAUAUCGGCGCUGAAACAUUGAAUCGUCGUGAUAAUAUGACAUCGAGAUACUCAUGUUCCGGUUCGCCAGAUCAUAAUCGCAUCAAACGUAAUGAUACGCAACGAUCAUUUUUGUACACAUGCCCGAGCUCGCCGAAAAACCGGCGCGUAGCUUCACACUAUGGCAUGCUGCGCAGUUCCACAAUACUAUCCCAUCGAGAUCCAAUACGACACUCUGCGCCAAUUGGCUCUAACAACUCCGGCGUAUAUCAUCAGCGCUUCAGCAUUAGUAAUUGCAACAACAGUCAUGAGCUUACAUCACUGACUUCGCUUAGCGGUGCGCCGGGUAUAGGACACUAUGGGUUCGUAAUAAAAGCGGACCCCAUUAAAGGAGCCAUGCGAAAUGGUGGCACACAACAGGUCGCCAUUCCUCCACGACAAUUGUGGCCAGCGACUGCAGAAAAACCCGACACACAACCGGACACACCACCAAUACUAUCUACAGUUGUUGGUGUUGAUGUUAGUGUCGACGCAACAAAUGUAACUGCCAUAUCUUGACAGUACGAUCGCACGCGCAGCUUCAACAGCAAGAGCAGGAGUAAUGGCGUCAAAGCAGUUGAAGAACGUGACGUGGGCUAUGGCGGAAGCGGUUUGGAUAGCUUGGCAUACAAAAAUGUUAACGGUAGUACAAAAGUGUUUGAUUUGAAUAAUAGUAGCAACAGCAUUAGCAACGGCAACAAUAACAACAACCACAGAGCAAAAGAUCCUAUGCGAAAUGGUAGCAC